CUCCCCGGACCCUGCAUUCUCUAUAUCCGGUCUCCCCGGACCCUGCAUUCACUAUAUCCGGUCUCCCCGGACCCUGCAUUCACUAUAUCUGGUCUCCCCGGACCCUGCAUUCACUAUAUCCGGUCUCCCCGGACCCUGCAUUCACUAUAUCCGGUCUCCCCGGACCCUGAAUCACUAUAUCUGGUCUCCCAGGACCCUGCAGUCACUAUAUCUGGUCUUCCAGGACCCUGCAUUCAUUAUAUCUGGUCUCACCGGACCCUGCAUUUACUAUAUCUGGUCUCUCUGGACCCUGCAUUCACUAUAUCUGGUUUCCCAGGACACUGCAUUCACUAUAUCUGGCUCCCUACCCGCUCCGCUAUUGGCUCCUCGGCAUGUCAAUCA